AUCACUAGAAUCAUGGCCGCCCCUGUUCUGGCUGUAAUGGUAUAUUCCACAAUUGAUUACAAGGUGUUUCCCAUAACAUAAUCAAUGUCCAAACAUCAGUCCGUUUUUUCCUUCAAGCACGUAACAUCAAAAUUGGACAGUCCACGUGUGCAGCCGUCGCAUGCAGCACAUGUCCUCAAGAUGGUUCCUGUGGAAGUGGAAGGAGCCUCGACGUGUGCUGAGCAGAUCCACUGUGUGGAUGUGGAGCAUGGACGUGGCAGCUUGGUCGUCAUGCCGACGCCAACAGGCACCACCACCACCGGUCGGCCGUCGCUGAUUCAUCGCCGUGGUGAUUUAUUUCUGACUGGAGAGAUCGGGCCGGAGUCGGCUGCACAGGCGGGAUAAUAAGUCUCCUGAAGCUGACGUCCAAAGGCCAGAAAGCGAACGUGACGAGGAGGCAGGAGAAGCAGAUGGAGGGAGUAGAAGAGACACGAGAAGAAAUCCCCUCAACACCCAAACGCUGUCGUGUGCUCUGCUUCUGCACAUGUGGCCGCUUUCCUGCAGGACAUUUGUUAUGAUGCUAAUAAAUAAUAAUAAUUGGCACUAAUGUGCUCCCCGUUCCUUCCAUAUGUGCUGCUUUCUCCUAAGAAGUGGCUCGAGGAGGACACGGGCUGUUUCCUAUUAAAAAGGGAGUCACACUUUGCCUUGUUCCAAUUGAAAACAGGCUGCAGAGACCAACACACGAGACGGAACCAGAAACGCUGCUGGAGCUUUUGACCGCGGGUUUGGUUGGCGUGAGCCCGGUUCAAACUGUGAGCUGGUCCCGGUGCCAGGAGCGAGUCUUUAGGAUUACUGCCACCGAGCACGCAGCUGUGGCGUCGGGCAUGGCUCCAUCACACGGGCUGAACAUCGUUACUGGAACAUGACCCAAGCCUUUAGUGGCACCGGUGCUGGGGAUUCCCAGCGAGGGCCUGGAAACGCGCUGAAGCGCAACUCACAGACACUGUUCUGUUUUCGAUGACUCAGGUGAAUCCAGUUAAUCAGGUCAGCAGAUUGGGAGAGGCACUAAGUGAGACGUUAAAGGGCUUUUUUGUACGUGUUUAGGCAGUUUUCUCCAGUUGUGUGGUUCAAAUCUUUUCUUGUUAACCAGAGUUGGAUCUGAUGCUUUUUACAUUAUUGUCUUCAUUUCACCCGUCACUUGGCUUCAUGAGCUGUAAGUGAAUCCAUGGAAGUCUGGAAGCUGUGGAAUGUCUGCCCACCAACACUGAGAAACGACCCGGAGGCAUUUAUAGCACCUUGUUGUACUGUGGCUUCAGCUCGAAGCUGGAAGUGGGUGAAUGUUAGAACACUCUGUAACUCUGCGUCGACUCCAGACAGUUGUUUGCUUGUUUUUCUCUUUGUCCCCUCGUCGUUGCAUGGGGUCUCGUGUGACUACACCCGUUGUGGCUCUGAGCGUGUUUUUGUUUUCACGGUGGUGGGAAGGCAGGCUCCCCUUGCCCUCCACCAUUCACCGCUCUCCGCGGGGGGUCAGGGUCCAUUAGAAUGGGCUAACAUCACCCCGGCCGCUGUUUUUGUUUGUCCCUAAUUCUAAGACUCACAGUGAUGUUGAUUGUGACAGCGAGCACAUUCAUUACGAACGUCAUUAGCGGAGUCAUUACCACUGAAAGAGCGUGUUAUGGGCUGUUUGGAGACAGUUAUCUGCUGGUAACGCUGGGUAGAUAAGGGGGGGGGGGGUGCUGUUAGUACAGAUGUAAAACAACACUCCCUGUUUGAGGAAUGUCAGGAUUUGAGUCGUCAUUGAAGCCAAAGUUGAUCCAGCUACAAAUGUCCAGGUUGAGUUACUUCCGCAAACAUUGACUCCGAGCUCUCAGUGCUCUCCCUGACAUAUGAAUAAGAAUAGUUCAGCGCCUCUAGUUGCAUAAUCACAUUACAAUACGUAUUUACACAUUACUAACUGGCCCAGCUGCUGCUUUGUUCCUCCUGAAUGACCGUCAAUUUGUCUGUUCGCUUGAUUAUCUAAGGAUUUAACUUCCUUGGGAUGAGAUGAUCCCCACUUCUCAUUUUAAAUGUUAACAAACCACAGGCUGCUCCGUAGUCUCAGUUUUGGCUCGUAAGCGUCAGAAAAUGAACAGACUCUGAUUUGGACCUUCCUCCACUUGCUCCUCUUGUCCCUGAGCACUAAUGACUGAUGAUAAUUACAUUUAAUGAGAUCAUGGGGUCGUCUGCGGGGUGCACUCCUGCUAAUUGCUCUCAGUGUGGGGUCUGAGUGGGAUGGGGGGGUGGGGGGCAGAGGGUGGACCGGGCCACGUUACCUGUCACUCUGAACAGCGUUUGUCAUUGUUGGCUCCUCUGGCGGAGGGGAGCGCAGAUAGCGGCGUCUGUCUCUGCUCUGAGGGCAGAGGCUGUUAUCAGCCCAUCGCAUCGGUCCAUAAGCCACCCCCCCCCCCCCCCCACACACACCCCCAGCGCUGCUCGGCCCCUUUCUCCUACCAGACGACUGGUCAUUUCGCCACUGCCCCGUGGCUGCGGGGGGCGACCCCUGCAAUUCAGCUAAUCCAUUAGCAACUAAUUGCCCCCUCCUGCCCCGUUGCUGGUGGGGGAUGUCAAGUCAUGGUGACCUAUAAAAGUCACGCUUGAGGAGCAGCCACUGUCACUGUCUGGAUACCUUCACUCCUCCACUGGACUGUCUGUUUCUUUCUUUCCCAUCUUGUUGUUGGUGUUUUGGUACAUUUUGUACAAAAUGUCGGCCAGUUUGUGCGUCGUCUGCCUGUUCCUUUGCUGCUCCUGUGCUGAAGCUCACAUCUGGGCCUGGAUGCUGAACAUGCCACACAGCGCUCCCAAGGAAGAAGCCAAAGCACUUCGAGAGAGCGUCCCAGUGGAUAAACCAGCGACGGCUGUGUGUGAACACGACCGGACCUGUGGACGCGGCUUCUCCUGCGACCGUCACUUCGGCCUGUGUGUUCCUCUGCGAGGCGAAGGCCACUACUGCCGCCGGGACGCCCAGUGCGUGCGCGGCCUCAGCUGCAUGUUUGGGAAGUGCCACCGCAGCAUCCCCAAUGGACAAGAGGGGGCCAGGUGUAAAGUGGACCGGGACUGCGGGGCGUCCAUGUGCUGUGCCCGGCACCACGGCGAGCAGGUUUGCAAGAGGCGCCUGGUCCGUGGCGAGAGCUGCUACGUGCCCGACGGCGGCCUGGCGUUCAGCAUCAACCAGAUCUGUCCGUGCGAUGAGGGGCUGCUGUGCCGGGAAACCAGCGCGCCGCUCCAGAGAGAGAAGGAUUUUAUUUACCAGCCAGAACGAACAAGCUGGACCUGCCAAGUACCCAGACCUUAAUACUGAGCCGUUUCAUCAUGUAAAUAUCUUGUACAGUAGAAAUGUUCAUAUAUAGAAAUAUAUAAAUGUCCUUAUUGAUAUGACAAAAGCACUAUUGUUCCCUUUGUAUAUCUUUGAAUAUCUACAUCUCCUUCACUUUAAAGGAUAAAAAAUAUUUUUAAAAAGAACAUUAUGUUGUGUUUU